AUGUUCCACGGAUCCAACACCAAGCUCAACGCCGCCGGCCUCGCCCCCGAGCACUCGAUGCUCCUCCCCGAGAGGCAGCCAAAGGAGGACGAGGCUUCGGUCCUCGAGGCGCUCCACCGCAUCUACACCGAGGCCCAGCCCGACGAGUCGGCCUUUGCCAUCUUUGCCAACGAGGUCAUCCUCACCCUCCCCACGGGCGAUGUCGUCGUUGGCCCGCACGGUAUCCGCACCAAGUUCGCAGAGAUCUUUGCAGCCUACCCGACUAGGACGCUGCGACAGCGCCUGCUCGUCACGCCCGAGUCGCUGCCUCUGCGCACCAUCGUGCUCGACCAGAUGCUGAGCCUGUACGACGUCGACGAGCCCGAGGCGGGCCAGGCUCCGGUCAAGAGCAUCCACAGCCUGCUGGUGCUCAAGCGCAAGCCGACCGACGGCAAGGUGUCGAGCCUGGUCGAGGAGGAGGGCCACCGCAAGGCCACAGCCCCGCUCGCCGCGCGCGCGGCGGCCGCGUCCAACUUCUACUCGCCCACCGACAGCCAGAUGUCGCCGGUGACGUCCAAGCUCAACCUGGUCAAGCGCAAGCACCACAUGAAGGGCAAGCCCGCCGCCCUGUUUGCCAACCACUCGAGCCUUCGUCAGGCCAUGGUGCCCGGCUCGCCCGCACAGAGCCAGGCUUCGAACGCCGACAUGGACUUUUAG